AUGACCAUGGAUGGUGUAUUCCCACUCACUGCUACUGUAGAUUACUGUGAUAUUUUCUUGACGCAUGACUCUGCGUCGGUUCGCAAAGCUCACAACACUGGCUGGAAACAUAAAAUGCAAGUAGAGCACUACUACAAUGCCGAGGUUGACCCAGCCAAAAUUCAGUCAGUGAUUGAUAAUGUCACUAAAGCAUAUAUAGAUGCCGGAUUGCCUGGAUUUCCUGAGCUGAUUGCAGUUGGAGUGAAUGGACAACGAGGCCAGCCAGUAGGCGGACCUCCACGACCUCCACAACCAUUUCAUAAUGGUGGACGACCUGGACCACCGGGGAGACCACCCAUGGGCAUGUUUCCUCCUCAACGACCCAUGAUGCCGCCCCCACAUAUGCGGCCAGGUCUUUCUCAAAUGCCUCCUGGUAUGCGUCCCCCUGGCCCUCCACCACAUGGAUUCAUGAACGGAUCUAUGCCUCCACCACUAGGUACGCCAGUGAUGGAGAAUGGCCCGGUUGCUGGUCAACAGAGUCAGGCUCCUGUUGCUCCUCGUAUUCAUCCAGACCGUUUACGGUUAGCUGGAAACUCCAUAAAAUCAAAGCUUGUUAUUGAAAGUAUAUACUGUUUCUAUCCGUUCGGAUGUCUCGACUCCCAAAUUGCAACUCAUACGUUUUUGUAUCAUUGUGCGAAUGAUUCAUGA